CGCUUCCGCUUCCGGCGGUGUGGGCUGCGGUGCGCGGCAAGACGAUGGCGGCUGGUGGCAGUGAUCUGCGGGCUGGCGACGUAGAGGAGGACGCCUCACAGCUCAUCUUUCCCAAAGAGUUUGAAACAGCUGAGACACUUCUAAAUUCAGAAGUUCAUAUGCUUCUGGAGCAUCGAAAGCAACAAAAUGAGAGUGCAGAGGAUGAACAGGAACUUUCUGAGGUCUUCAUGAAGACUUUAAACUACACAGCCCGUUUCAGUCGUUUCAAAAACAGAGAGACCAUUGCCAGUGUACGUAGCUUGCUGCUCCAGAAGAAGCUUCAUAAGUUUGAGUUGGCCUGUUUAGCCAACCUUUGUCCAGAGACUGCUGAGGAGUCCAAGGCUCUGAUCCCAAGCCUGGAGGGGCGGUUUGAAGACGAGGAGCUACAGCAGAUUCUUGAUGACAUCCAGACCAAGCGCAGUUUUCAGUAUUGAUCUCCAGAUACCACUGCUGCUGGGAGAGCCACAUCACAUCCCCAGCACAGCGCCGCUGGCCCAGUAUCCAGGGCUGACUUGCACAGAAAAUCUAUUGCAGAAGACACUUGGGCUUCCUUUGGAUAGAACAACCCAGUGCUUGGUCUUGGUUUAGGUUGCUGUUUCAGGCUCGAUCGUUGGACCCUGAUGGCCAGCGUAACCUUGGAGAGGCCUUGCAGUGGCUGCCUGAGCUUGCCUCUGGGAAGGGUGAGGUGGGGUGAUGUGCAUCUAAGCCACACUGCUGACACCUCACAUCACGGUCUUUGGCCCUUGUGUUAUUUUUGAUUCCUACUAUUUCAUGUUUUAAUUUCA